AAUGUGCAAUUUCUGUAAGCUUUCUCAUGUUGAUGGCUUUUGUUUGUUUGUUCUGUUUUGGUUUUUGGGUUUGUUUAAUUCACUUGCACUUCUUGUCUUGGUGGGUUUAGUUACUGCCUGUCUUUGGGGCAAAAUGUUACUGAGCUGCUCAGCACAUGAAAUUCAAUCUUAAAAAGACACAGCCUUACAUAGGUCACAUGUUUGGGCUUCGAGGUACAAAUUCAUAAAGGGUGCAUUUUUAACUAAGAGGCUGGGAGAAGCAGGAUUUGCAUUCAGUUUCUGCUGACACGUGGUAGAUGUGUGUUACCUGUUAAUACAUCUGUGUUUUGUUACAAUGUUCCCUGAAACUGCACAGCUGUUUCGCUGAUUCAAAAAAUAGUUUAUUUGUGAAGAUUGUACCAGUGGAAGCUGGAAGGUUGUUUUUACGCCCUGUAUCAUUGUUGGUGUUUGUUCUCGCUGUGUUUCCACUCACAUGUGUAUGAAGUGGGGGGAUACAGUCAAGCGGAGUCUAAAGGAGUAGACAUACAGUCACAAAAAAGGAGUAGCUGUUCGAUUUCCUGUUUGCUGGGCUAAACCCCCAAAAAUCGUGUGGGAAAAGAAAAACGUAAUGAGUAUGGAAGUAGAAGGAUUCAGUUGGUUUUACUGAUGGGCAGACACGAGGUUGGCUUUGAAGAGAUGUUAGUGGAUUAUCUGUUUAGGGUCCAAGGACUUUUGUAUGCGAGGUCUGCCACACAGUUGUGUGACAGUUAAGAAAGAGGGGUUGGCUGGCAUUUACAUUUGCAGAGGUAACAUUUACCAAAUUGUAUCUGAUGUUCUGCAUCGCUUGUGUUUGUCAUGUGGAGUAGGACAUACUGCCAGCUGUAGUUAGCACUGUAGGUAAAUCCUGUAAACUUUCUUUUGAUGGUUCUUUCCUAUUUCUUAGUCUGGUGAAGGUCUGAAUUUCUAUAUAAAUCAAAUAUAUUCCAAUAGAAUUGUCUUUUUGUGUGUGUGUGUGUAAAAUGGUAAUGGCUCAUCUCUUUGGAAUGGCUGAUUGCUGAUUCAGUCCCUGUUUUCAGCCGUGGUGUCACCCAAACGCUGAGAUAAGUCAGCUAUUUUCAGCCUUGGGCCACACAAACAACCACCAGGUACAGUUGAAACCUGAGUACUGUACAUGUUAAGGCUUCUCCCUUUCCAGCUUGAAGGUGGGUGUUAACAGAAUGAUAGCAAGCUAUUCUUAGCUAAUUGUGUUAUAAUGAAGCAACAUGUUUUCAGAUGACAACAGUGGACCUACAAAUCCUUCCAGUCUUACUCAUCUAGUGUGAGGGACUUUUGUCUUGGGGGGAGAAAACAACCCUCUGGUGAGGCAGAGCAAGUUAGUGAGUGGGAGAGGAUCCAGAGACGUUAGAAAUUCUGCCCUAAUUUAUCCAGGCCUUUGUGCUGUCACUGUGAUAAGCAUAAACUGGAAAAAAAAGUUUCCAUAAAUGGCUUGACAUGUGUAGAUACUCUGUGAACUCCAUUCCAGAAGCUGAUAUAAAUGUAAUGGAAGGUGAGAUCAUGGUAUUUACAAAGAGGCUUUUACAAAUCAUCACCAUUUCCUGGUAAGUAUUGCCCUGAGGGUUUUUUCUCAUGUUGUAGUUCAUGAUUUUAAUGCGUUGCUUCUCUUGAUCGGAGAUCUUGUGGGGAUAUACACACUUCUUCCUGGAUUCGGAUGCUGCUUGCCUCAGGCUUUGAAGGAAUUCCAAAGGGUCUCCUGGUGGAAAGUAAUUCAGGUUUGACUGCAUGGUGGCAGGGAAAUGUGCAGACCUUUCUCAUUGCUGGAAGGAUCAGUAGAGUGCAAGGAAACCUUCUUAGUCUAUUUGAACCCUGGAAGAACAGUUCCAUAGUGUUUUCUGUCUGCAUGUUGGGCCUUAUGCAGAAACCAAAAAAGUAUUUCUCUGUUAAUUUUAUUAAAUUUUGCACUAGGAAUUAGAAACAAUUGAAACUAGAAAUUAAAAUAAAGCAAACUUAGCAAAUUUAUUUAGGAGCUUUAUCUGGUGAAAAGACUUCCAAAUAGCUGCUUUGUGAAAAUGAUUAUUAAACCUAUAAAUUCAGCUGUAAAGCAAUGACAUGACUCAAUCAGUGGAAGCAAAGCAAAAUAAUAAAAAAAAGGGGGGGGGGGGUUGGGGAAUCAACAAAUUCAGCAAUUUGACACUUACUAGUAAGUGUCGGUGGCUUUGCAGGAAUCUAAUUAAUAGUGCGUAAAAGUGUAAGCAACUGCUGCCAGCACUUCAAAGUGUAACUUGUACAGCUCAGCUGGGGUUCCUCUCUGAAUUUGGUUUCUCUGAGUAUGGCUGUACUGACUUUAGUUGUACAUGUAAAGCUACGUAUAGAAUGCUGUGUGUAUGAAUGAACAGGGGUAUUAUUUCUCACCAUGUAGGAUUAAACGUCUUGGUUCUCUCCAGCUUUCCUCAUAGCCAAGGAGCGAUGCUGAGCUCCCAGAGCUUUAUAACAUUUCUGUACUUUAAAACUCUCUAAAUUCUAGUAUCUCAUCUGAUGUCAUUUCUGAUACUUCUAAGAACUGUUUCCUUAUGUUUUACGUUGAUGGAGUCAGAGUCUGGGCACAGUUCUGUAAUCUUGGAUGCUGCUGGUAAAUGUUUGGCUUAUUGCAUUCGAAAAGCCUUUUCCUGAGGGUUUUAGAAGAAAGUAAUAAUUCAUGGCAACAUGAACAAAUGUUCAAAAAUACCAGCUACUGGAACUCAUGGUUAAACAUUCCUGUGUUAAAGCUGUUAACAAAUGUACAUGAUAGAACUAUUCUGCUUCCUUAUGUGAAAAAGAAUCUUCCAGUCAUAAGCACAUCAACAAGAAUUAAAAUUAUUUUUCUUAUUUUAAAGUAAGUCAUAUUUUUGAAUUAAGCUUUCAUUUCCCUGUGAGCAUUGGGAUCAGCCAUGCCAUAGUCUUGCUUUGUAAAGCCUAUGGGAAAGGAUUAAACAGCAGGAACUUUGUGCAGUAAAAACUCUAAAACUGUUCCUGUUUGUAAAUCUCCAGGGACUUCGGUAUUCUUGCAGACAUUCUUGGAAGAGCCUGAGAAAUUUUAAACCCCACAAACAGGGCAGCAUGAAUUGGUUGCAAGGCAGACCCUAGUGCUCGUGGCCACUGCUCCUGGCCUGCCUGCGCAUGUAGGGCUUUGGUGGAACUGGAAUGCCAUCAGGAGUCAAGUACAUGUUUGCAUUAAUUGCAAAAAUGAUGCUUAAUACAUUUUUGCUUUGUUAGGAACAAGAACCUUGCUGGACAAGUAAGUGGUUUUCAUUCCUUUCCCAUUCCUGAAGUACCUUUCCUUUACCAAGUGAAGUUGCCAGAGAAGGAAAAAUAAAAACCUUCUGUUCUCGACUGCCUAAAGAGGCAAUCGUACGGUCCUAAAAAUAACCAAGGAAUCCAAAAUAGAAGUCUUGGUGAAAUUCAGGCCCUCGCUUGGUGGGAGUUUUGCCAUGAAUUUCAAUGAGUUCAGGACUUUGCCCAAUGUGUUGUCCAACUGCUGAAGUGGAGUUGUUCCUGGGCCAGCUGCCUCUUGUUCUGUGUCCCAGAAUAACCACUUCGAUAAGGUAUUUACCACUUACAAAUAUGGAAUAGGCCCUGUAGUGAGCACUUCACAUUACGGAGGAGCUGUCGUUCAAAACCACACAGCAAAUGCUUCCCUGAAACUUUUGGUGCGAGUUAUUUUUAGUUGUUUGUUUAAGAUUGAUGAUGACCCUUCAAGAAGAAGGCAAAUUUAAACAUGCCGCUGGGGAGCAACUGUGAUCUUCAAAGUAGUGAGUGUUCAGUGAAUCUUAUUUACCAUCUAAUUACUAAUGUUACAGCUGGUGGGUCCGUAUGAUCAAUUCAUUUUUAAUGAAUGAAAUUUUUAGAAGAUAAUUCAGCCUUGGAAGACAUGGGGUGACGCUUGCUUAAGUCCAAGUGCAGCUGAAUGUGUAUCCUUUAGCUGAACUUGUCCCAUGGUCAUGAGGCCAAUUAACAGAAUAUCACAGGAGCCCUUGAAGCUAAUUUCUGACAGCCCCCACCCCCCUAUAUUUCCCUUUUGGAAACAAAGGCAGAAUGUCGUGAUUAAUUUGCUUCAGCAGAACCUAGUCAAGCUGAAAUUUAUGUGGAUACUUAACAUGCUUCGCAAGAUCGAGGCAUUAGCAUAGACUUUGCUGUUUAGGUUUAUUCUUUUCCAAAAUUAUUAUUGUUACAGCAGUUUGCUCUCUAAAUGAUGAAGAGUUACAUCCGUCCUAUUCCCUUCCAUCUGCUCCACCCCACCCCAAUUACUGUUUUGCAGCCAAAAUUGUGAGGCACUAUGUGCGAUGACGAUGAAACCACAGCCCUUGUAUGUGACAAUGGUUCUGGGCUUUGCAAAGCUGGGUUUGCAGGAGACGAUGCCCCAAGAGCUGUAUUUCCAUCCAUUGUUGGACGUCCUCGACAUCAGGGUGUUAUGGUGGGAAUGGGUCAAAAAGACAGCUAUGUAGGGGAUGAAGCACAAAGUAAAAGAGGGAUCCUGACGCUGAAAUAUCCCAUUGAGCAUGGAAUCAUCACUAACUGGGAUGACAUGGAAAAGAUCUGGCAUCAUUCUUUCUACAAUGAACUCCGGGUUGCACCGGAGGAACACCCGGUCCUGCUGACCGAGGCCCCCUUGAAUCCAAAGGCCAACCGUGAAAAAAUGACUCAGAUUAUGUUUGAGACGUUCAAUGUGCCAGCAAUGUAUGUAGCAAUUCAGGCAGUGCUGUCUCUGUAUGCAUCUGGAAGAACGACUGGAAUAGUUUUGGAUUCUGGGGAUGGUGUCACACACAAUGUGCCUAUCUAUGAGGGCUAUGCCUUGCCUCAUGCCAUCAUGAGACUCGAUCUGGCAGGCAGAGACCUGACUGACUAUCUCAUGAAAAUUCUGACAGAGAGAGGCUACUCUUUUGUCACCACUGCGGAACGGGAGAUUGUGAGAGACGUCAAGGAGAAGCUUUGUUACGUUGCACUGGAUUUUGAAAAUGAAAUGGCAACUGCUGCUUCCUCCUCCUCUAUUGAAAAGAGCUAUGAGCUUCCUGACGGACAAGUCAUCACCAUUGGGAAUGAACGGUUCCGAUGCCCAGAAACUCUCUUCCAGCCAUCCUUCAUAGGGAUGGAAUCUGCAGGUAUCCAUGAAACCACUUACAACAGUAUUAUGAAAUGCGAUAUCGACAUCCGUAAGGAUCUCUAUGCUAAUAACGUCCUCUCUGGAGGAACCACGAUGUAUCCUGGGAUUGGUGAUCGUAUGCAGAAAGAGAUUACAGCUUUGGCUCCAAGUACUAUGAAGAUUAAGAUGAUUGCACCACCAGAACGUAAAUACUCUGUCUGGAUUGGGGGUUCAAUAUUGGCAUCUCUGUCCACUUUUCAGCAAAUGUGGAUCAGUAGAGAUGAAUAUGAGGAAGCUGGCCCCUCUAUUGUCCAUCGCAAGUGCUUUUGAAUACUUCCAUCGCGUACCGUCAGUGAUAAGUAGUGCUGUUUCUCUCCACAUCACCUGCCUUCAUUCACCUCUGAGGGUGGUUUGGCUUUCUUCCACAUGUUAAAAAAACCACACUGUAUGGAUGUAAUUUGAACUAGAAAAUUACUUCUAAUUUUUGAUGCUAAAAUGAGACUAAUAUUUCAGUGAUGGGUGUUUUCCAGGAUUAUUAACAGUAGUUAUACUACACACUUUUAUAGACCUCCCUCUCUGCUGUGUUUGUGUUGCACUGCCUUCCAGGAGGUGGCACACAGUGCUGCCGUGUGUUAGUCUGUGCUGUUGAUGGCAGGCCUGAAGUGUGCACAUAUGUGAUUCUUUCAAACUCAAACAUAAGGCAAGAUUUAAGUAUCAGAGAAGGCUUCUUUUAUGCAGUUAAAUGGUACACAGGAUUCUUCUAAGGGGGUUUAUUUUACUGACGAUACAGAGGAUUUAUGUGGGUACUGAUAUGCACAUAGGUACCAGUUGUUUCAGUGGAGCUUGUACAGGUGUCUUUUCCUUGGUCUCCUGCAGUUGUUUGGCAGGACACUGUUGUCUCCCUGUGACGAGUGCUCCCCACCAGUAAGGAGCUUCAACAAGCUGCAGUACUUCUGAACUUACAUGUAACAGCAGGUUAAUUUAUUGGAUGUAUUAUUGCUUUCUUCAUCUUCCUAAGCAGUUAACUGAUGUUUCAUUUACUUCUGCUAUAUAUGUGCUAUGCUAAGCCAAGCUAAUGAUUGCAGAGUAAAUAAUAACCUUUUGAAUAUGUUUUUUAAAUACUCUGGGUUUAAUUGGAUCAAUAAAAGUGUAAUUAUCCAUGUAAAGGCUGCUGUGAUUUACAUUGAUUUCAUAGUGGCUAAUUUAUCUGUUAAAGAUAAAAUAAUAAUUACUAGUUUAUAUUCUAAUUUUAUUAUGAAAAAGAUUUCAUUCCCUCCGAGUUUUUUAGCUAAGCAAUUUUAAAAUGAGAACAGAUUAGUUUCACAGUUUCUACUUAAAAAAUACCAAAACACCAACUUAAAUAUCUUCCUGGAUGACAGAUUUUCAUAAUGUUCUGUAUGAAGGUGAGAGUCAGCUAUGAAGGUUUUACUGUUUCAGAUACCAGGAGUGUUCCGUGUAAUUCUGGAUGCUGUAGACUUUGAAUUGAUGUGAUGUCAGCCUUGAUGUGCAUUUCAUGAUUUAAAUCAGACCUGUCAAGUUCUUGCCAGUAAAUAGAACAACCUCUUUCCAAAGAUGGGGGAAAGAUGUAAGUUAGAUUUACAGGCUUCUGAAAAUACAUCUAGGGGAUAUUUUAAAGAAUCUUCUUACUACUGCUUACUACUGUUCCAGCUCAGGGUGAUCACAUUUCCUUAUGCAAGCAAUCUCUUAAUGGUAAAAGCUGAAAGACCUGUAAGAGAAGGAUUUUUCAAAGGUCUGCUGUAGCUGGCACUACCUAAUAAGUAAAAGAGAUUUAUUUUACCCUUCAUUGCCACUUUUGAACAGCAGUCAGUUCAAAUUGCCAGUAUCCAUGUCUUCUUAAGCAAAUGUAAAUCAUUACAAUUUUUUCAGCCUCUGAGUGGAUUUUGCUUUAUUAUCUUGGUCUCAACUUCUAUGAUUGCUCACUGCUAAAGUUUGUAAUAAAUCAACUUGAUAAUAAAUCAACUUACAUAUAGGAAUAGCACUGUUUAAUGACCUUAUUGCCUGCCUAAGCAACAUAACUUACAUUUUAAUCUUGACUUUUUGUAGGUGUGAUGUUCAAGAGGAUAAACCUAGGUACUCAGAUCUCUGGACCUGAGUUACGUCUGCAGUCCCCUGUAGUAUCAAAGCAAAAUUCUAUUCACUUUGCUAAUAAUCUACUUGUCCUUGUUUCAGUAUUAAAAAUGAUGGAUCUUCUUUAGGUUUUCAAUUUUAUUUUUUCUAAUAUAUCCUUUUAGUAUAUAUUCACAGCUUGUUAAUCAGGGAAAAAAAGGAAAAUGUUUAAAAGCGUGGGUUGUUGUGGU